AUGGUUUUAGGAUACCUCAACGAGAACAGGCCGAGGACGAAGAUGGAGGUAUUGGGACACGCAUUGAGAGAUGCGAGGAUGGAGCUGGACACCCUGCGUAGCGUGUCUGCUGGCCUGGAGUACGACGUACGUGCGUAUGAAGUCACGUUGAACCGAUUUGAGGAGAAAUACAAGAUGCUUGGACCCGCCGCUGGGGCUGUUGAGAGCGAGCGUGGCACUCGGCACCCCGAAGGACUGAGUUUGAGUUGGGAGCUCGCAAAUAUUGCAACGGGGUCGGCAUGGACCGUGGCGGGCCUGCUGGACGGAGUGAGAUGUUUGAGGAGGGGUGUACUGUUGGCUAUUCAGAAGGCACGUCAAUCGCAACCAGGGAUGCAUCGCGAACAGUCGUACGAGAAGGACGAGUAUGAGUCGAUUGUCUGA